CUUUUUCCUUUCCGAUCAUGCAAGCGGGAGGCGCUGGGGCGCCCUGGACGCCCCGGGAGACCGGGGACUUGAUCUCGAUCUGGCACGAGAAGCUUCUGGGAACGUUCGGCGCUUCCCGUCGGAAGAUCGUCGUCGACGGCUUCCAAAGGAUCGCGGAGCAAAUGGCCGUCCGCGGCCACAGGCGCUCGGCGCUGGAGUGCUGGACAAAAAUCGGGGCGUUGCGGGUGGAGUACCGGAGGGCUUUCAAACACAACGCCUGGCGCUUCCGCGGGCCCCCCCGAACCUGCCCGUUUUACGCACAGCUCGAUCGGAUUCUGCACGGCGACGGGAUCGAUAAACCCCUGUGGAUUACGCAAAGCUGUAAGAUGCGAAUGGUACCCGCCGCCCUGCCCAGAAACACCGGCGAAGCCAGGGGCUCCAGUUCUGCAACCUCAGUUCUUGUAGAAACUCCCGUCACAGAAACCAUGACUGCCAACACAGAGGAAGCUAACAAAACCGUAACCGAAGAACUGCUGGAAAGCGCAGAGUCUCCGAACAGACGUGAGUGUCAAAACACUCCAACCCCACCUAUGAGGAAUGAGCUAGAAGUGGUGGAUAGUGAGGUGGGUGUUGCGCAGCUUUCACCCGCCUCUUGUCUAGCUAAUACUAGGACAAAGAGGAGAUGUGUCUGUGGACCACAGAGCACAGCAGAGCACUUGGUGUCACCACCCAGCAAACAGCGUGAGGAAAAGCCUGUGGGAAAAGGUGUGAGGAAAAGCCAGAGGCUCACAGGAAGGGGUGCAAGAAAGCAGGAAGAACUGAGGAGCAGAAGCACUGCCAUGAAGAAAUGAUGGAGAAGUUGCAUAAAGAAAAAACACUGAGGCAGAACACACCCUCUGAAGAAAGAACCGGCAACAUUUCUCAAAAGGCGGGAAUGCCAUCUCCAGACAAAAAACAUAUAGAAACAUUUUCCUCAGGCUGAAGCAGAAGUAGUUUAGACUAUAUUUUGCUCACUCCAAGGCUUUCCCCUUCCCUUAUCUAGCGAUCUUUUAUUCUUUAUUUACUAAUGAAACUUUGUUCUCUUCCAAAAUGGCCGCUACAACACACUGAAUUGAGGUUCACUUUCUAGUUCUUGUUUCAACCAGGUUAUGUAGAACCUUUUGUUCUACAUAAAAGUUCUGUUUUGAGAUAUCUGUAACUGAUGUAAGUAAAUAAACAUUGGGCUGUCCAUAUAUAAA